AUGGAGCCUUCCGCCCAGAAAAAUUCCUCUGCAUCCAAUACUUCACACUCCAGUUUGGUAAAACUUGAUUCCUUUUUUGACCUAUUUUCCCUCUUUGGGCCAGUACACUUCUCUCCGACACUCUUAGUUCCUAAGGCAACUAACGUCUACUUCUUGCGCGGUGGUAACAUUGACAAAGACACGAUAAACGUAGUUGUUACAUUCGCCAAAAGCAUUGGCCAGUUUACGUUGAAGGACUUGACUUCCGGAACUGGAACGAUACCCGAAAAGUCUAUUCAUCCAGGCUCUUUUCUGCGCUUGAUUGCUCUCUGUUGUCAAGUGAACCCUGGACCCCUCUUCCCAUCCCUUCACACUUUGAAGAUAGAUGGUGCUGGGACAUCUCUGAAUCAAUUAAAUGUCUUCCUCACGCCGUCUCUUAGGACAUUCGAGUUAACGAACGUCGACGUGAUAUAUCAUGAAUCAAUCUCCAUCUUCUUAUCAACUCUGGCAGAAGAAGCCUCAAAGCUAGCUCACAUAUCCUUUGGACCAGGGCCUGUCCCGACGGACUGGUUAAACUUGUGUUCAAAAUUCAAGGAACUCAGCCACUUAGAGAUCGUUGAAAGCGUGCAGCUCAAAUCUUACGAUUGUAUUCAAACCCUUGGGGGUUUCAAAGCAUUGGAAUCACUCAAAAUCAAUGUCCCAAUAAGCACAGAGUACAUUCCAAAGCUUCAAAUGCAACCCGCUAUCUUCGGGGGUCCAAGCCUUGCGAAUUACAAGUUUUCUCGAGACACAUUUGUUUGUUUGACGUCACUCAUUGCCGUGUUGAAGCUGGAUAUCAUUCACGACCUUCUCAAUCUCAUUACCUCCAAAAAUAUGAAAUUCCUUUCUCUUUCCCUCACUCACCAUCCUCAAAUUUCCCAUUCUGAAAGCGUCGAAUUAUUUCUGAAGCUGAUGAAACAUUUCAUUAAGGAGUGGCAAAACACUCUUGUCUACAUUUCUCUCCAAUUUCCGAAACAGAUAAUUGAACAACCUUUUCCUGCAUCGUCCUCUGCAUCCAAAAAGACGGCUACGGCUUCAAGUUCUCCUAGGUUUCCAAGUGAGGUUCUCCAAGUCUUAUUGCAAUCCCAGAGCCUGGAACAAAUAUGUAUAUCUGGGAUCGGUAUGGACUUCAUACCAGCCAAUAUAUUCUCCGAGUCUGGCUGUAGGACGAAGCUUAAGGAGCUCCAGCUGCCUGUGCACAAUGACUCAGUUGGCAUACCACUAAUGUCACUGCGACAAAUUGCGGAGACGUACCCCAGUCUUGUUUCUCUUCGAUGCGCAAUCGACCUCUGUAGCCCAGUUCCCCAAUCUUCCGACACUUCCGCCUCUAACAAUCCACUGACUCAUAAGCUAAAAUUUCUCUGCGUCACGGAUCCCAAUUUCGUCAAAGAGAAAUCCACAGUGAAUGAAGAAAAGCUGCACGAUAUUGCACGUCACAUCAACAUCUUGUUCCCCAAUCUUGAAGAUAUUAUUGCAGAAGGCGUUGAUGACUUCUCCUAUUGGAAAUCUAUAUACCGGCUGGUUAAACUAUGCCGAAUUGCUGUAGUAGACGAAAAGCGACGUCCUCCACCUUCUUAA